AUGGCCAUGGCAACAAAAUCAGUUCCUUUCUUAGCCAUACUUUUUAUCCUUGUUUUGAUUAUCUUUGAAGCUCCGGAGAUAGAAGCGCAGGAUGACGAGUGCCUGAAAGAAUACGGAGGCGAUGUGGGUUUUAGCUUCUGUGCGCCUGAGAUAUUUCCGUCGUUUUGUUAUACAAAUUGCCGUAAGAACAAGUGCGCACAAGGGGGAACAUGCAUUUGGGGAGGUGAAGGUGAUGUUAAAUGCUUAUGCGACUACUGCAGCGACAUACCUAAUGAUAAGAUUCUUAGUGGUGGUAUUUGA